GUAUGAUCCUUCCGCCACUCCUCUUUCAUCUCUCUCUCUCUCUCUUUGUCUGUCUCUCUCUCUCUCUCUCUUCUCGCGCAUCCCUUGUCCUCUGCCCUCCAGUGUGGCUUCCCGAGCGGGUGAUGCAGCCGCCAGUUCUACGAGCCCGCGCCCGCACCCGCAAGGCUUGCCCCCACAGGCCGUUUUCACUGCACCGUGCGUUGCUCCUCGCCAGCAGUGCUUCUCCCGCCUCCCUCCCUUCGCGCGGUGCUGUUCGACCCACCAGAGAUGUUGAGCGCCCCGCUGACCAAGCUGUACCUGCAGGCGAAGCAGCUGUGCGCGAAGCUGACCAGCAUGCACAGCCGAGGAGGGGACGGGGCAGGCGGAGGGGUGGGGAAUGACAUCGAUCAAGUCAUCCUGGAUGCGGCUCGUAAUUCGGUAGGCAAGGACCCCUUGUACACCAGCCUCUGGAUCCCCGUGCCCGAGAUUAAGCAGCAGCCCCCAGACGAUGACCAAAUCGACAUGGACCUGUCGACGCCCUCGUUGCUGCUCGGGUGUGUUGUGCAGCCCCCGUCGACGAAGCUGGCAAAGUACAAGCUUGCGGGCACCGCUUCCGAUUCGGAUGGCGAGGCGGAUGACGUCAUGGAUAAACACCACUGUACCGAUGUGCCCUGCUGCUGCGUGUUCAUCGCUGCGAUCGUCGGCACCAUUGUGAUGUGCUCGACUGCUGCCCAGCAGGGCGGGGUCGGGAGACUCUAUGCUGGCAUACAGGCGGAUGGCCUCAUCUGCGGCGUAGACCAGCAAGUGCAGAAGCAGCCAUACCUUGCCUGGUGUUAUGGGCCAGGACCUGCUGGAGGCAAGCCUACCACGUCUAGUUUCACCAUUGCUACCUCUAAGUGCGUCACGAAGUGCCCCUCCAGCGCCAGUGGCGUGGGUCCGAUCGAGUGUCCCGAAGGGAGCUACUCGUCCGUGAAUUCGCGGCCUUUCCUGGGUCGCUACUGUCUCCCAGAAAUCGCAUUCAAGAACGGUCUUCAGGACAUCGCGGACACUGAGCUCGGCAGCUCGGCGCAGCAGUGGACCCUCAUCGUGUCAUCGAUCGGCACAUCUUGGCAACUACUGGUCUUCGUCUUUUUCUUGGCGUUCGUGAUGGGCUUUUUAUACCUUGGCUUCCUGCGUUGCUGCGCCGAGGGCAUGAUAUGGAGCUGCAUCUUCCUCUCAUUCCUCGGCUUCGGGGGCACGGGCAUUUAUCUUUGGGUGAACGCCAGCAGCAUCGCCAGCAAGCUUCCAGCCGACAUGGAGAUCAGCGAAGGGGUCAUCGGGGAAGAGGAAAACAUCGCGCGGGGCACAGCCAUGGUGUGCCUGGUCGUGGCUGCCGGCGUGGUGUGCCUCGCCUGCUGCCUGGGCAGCAGCAUCAAGAGGGCCGUUUCGUGCGUGGAGGCUGCGUGCGAGGCCAUCUACGAAAUGCCCUCGCUCUUGAUGGGUCCAGCCGUUAAGGCCAUGGUGCAGGGGGUCCUUGCCAUAGUCCUCCUGUACGGCUAUCUGACCGUCUACAGCGCCGGGAAUGUUUCGGCCGGAAGCAAAGGAGGCGUAGGUAGGCAUGUCGAGCACACCUGGAACGAGUGGUGGCAGAUCAUAGGUUUUAUCGUCAUGGCCUUCUGGAUCGUCACCUUCGUCGACGCGCUGUUCCAGUUCACGAUGGCGUUCGCAUUCGCAACGUACUACUACAAGCCCUACGGAGUCAACCGCCAGAAGGACGUCAACGGCUUCUGCGCCGUGGCGGUGGAAAAUUGGCCCAUCAACAUUGGCGUCAUGUACCACGCGGGCUCUCUGGCCUUCGGAUCCCUGCUGGUGGCCGUGCUGCACGCCCUUCAGAAGCUCAUGGAGUACGCGCGCGUCAAGAACCAGGAGACCGUGGACAGCGCGCUGGUCAAGUGCGUCCUCUGCUGCGUCGAGUGCCUCGUCGGCUGCUGCGCCGAGGCCGUGGAGGUUGUGAACAAGAACGCGUACAUCGACAUGGCCGUGAGCUCCAACGGGUUCUGCGUCUCCGCGAGGGAGGCCAUGGACAUCAUAGUUCACAAUGCGGAGGCCAUGUCUAUACUGAACGGGGCCACGUAUGUAUUCACGGUAUUUGGAGCGCUCUUCAUCAUCAACGACGCCUGCGGCGCAUUCGCCAGCCGCUCCUUGGAAGCUGCACCCACAAGUGGGGGUCACCUCUGGCAGCCUCCGAUCGUCGCCUUCUCCGUGUCCCUCUCGUUCAUGAACGUGUUCGACAUGGCCAGCGAUACCCUGCUGUACUGCUACGCGAAGGACAAGCAGAACGACAACGGCGCCAACACUGCACCGGCCUCGUUCGCGAAGCUGGCGACGAGCACCGAGCACAGCGGCGUGCGAGCAGACAGGCAGUGCGACCGGGCCCCUGGCGAGUUCGGGCCUGCGCGGGCCCGACCUCGCGACCUCGGAGCCAUCGAGGCCCUGUCCGCGGGACCGGCCCUCGAUGGGGGACCGGCGGCGGAAUUUGUGCCGCGGGCGUGGUCGAGGGCUCCAGGCGUCCCCGAGUGCUCCAAGAGGGGGGGCCACGGGCUUGACGACUCUCCAGUCGACCUGCGAGGCCGCCAGAGGCCGCCGGAGGCCGUCGAGCUCGGGGCGGCCAUCACGGAGCUCGCCGACGUGGGCGCCCUGGACCAGCCGACGGAGGACGCCCAGAUCACCCCGCUCGGCUACAUCGCGAUGGCGCUGCCGUGCGACCUGCGCCUGUGCCGCCUGCUGCACUUUGGCCUGGUGAUGGGGACGCCCUGCGACGCCAUCGCCAUGGUGGCCGGGCUCACGGCCGCCGACCCCUUCAGCGCCCCCAGCCUCAUGGUGCUGAAGGACGAGCGGGAGUACUGCCGGAAGCUGGAGAGGUCCUUCGAGGCGGGCGGCCGCUCAACGCGCCCCGGCCCCUGGCUCCUUUGGUGCUCUGGGGGUUGGGGCCGCGGGGGGAGCAGGGGGAGGAUGGGUGGUGAUGGUGACGGUAUGGAGACGUCGACGGUGAGGGUCAUGGUGGUGGUGAUGGUGGUGAGGACGUUGCUGGUGGUGAUGAUGGUGGUGAUGAUGGUGGUGGUGGUGGUGAUGGCGGUGGGUGGUGAUGAUCACUGUUGUGGUGAUGGGGCGAUGAGCCAACGAUGA